AGAAUCAAUCUACAUUAUCAACUUAUGCCAUUAGUUUACAAUUGUUAUUUCUCAGUGUCAACAGUCAGCGUAGUGGAUAGACGAUUGUUAUUAUACGACGGCAUCACAGAUAUUUAAAAACCAACUUCGGUGCAAAUAUUUACUUUUAAACAAAAAUAACAAUAUUAUUCUUGACAGUUGGGGGUAGAUUAUCGCAAGCACCGAUUCUAACUGCUAUUAGUCCUCAAGUAUGCUGUGUGUAUCUGCCAGCGCGGGAAUAAUCGCGCAAAGUUCGUUUGCUUCACAAUGAAAUCGUACCGUUCUGCUAAGAACAGGACAACGUGCACAAUCUGCGUGAAAAAAGAACCUUGAUCUCUUCGUUAAUUAGAGAGAAAGGCAAAUGAGUGAAGUACGAAAUAGUCUGUAUUUUUCUGUGCAGAGGUCAUCCGUUGAGGAGUUCGUAAACUUUAUGAAUUGACAUAAAUCCGAGUGCUGGUUUUCACCUUCAUGCAGAUAAUUUGUGAUUAUGGGAACCGAGGCAAUGCCAGUGGCGGUGGCUACAAUAAAUUUCGUCGAGGAGCGCAAAAUACCGCCAGCGGUGGACAGCCUGACGGUGACGAAGAAGGCGAUAAUUUUUCGCUUGAAGGCGUUCCUGACGCAGCCAGCAGGAAACUCCAGGAGAAAGCGGUCGAUGACGAGUACGGGGCAAAGGACUAUCGGUCGCAGAUGAUUCUUAAGGAAGAUCAUGCUUCGCGACCACUUUGGGUGUCAGGUGAUGGGCACAUCUUCUUGGAGGCGUUUUCACCUGUGUUUAAGCACGCCCACGAUUUCCUGAUCGCAAUAUCCGAGCCAGUCUGCCGACCUGAAUUCAUUCACGAGUACAAGCUCACUUCAUAUUCGCUUUAUGCGGCAGUAUCUGUUGGAUUGCAAACUGAUGAUAUCAUUGAAUAUUUACGACGUCUUAGUAAAACUAGUAUUCCAGAGGGGAUUAUUGAAUUUAUAAAGAUGUGCACCGAAUCGUAUGGCAAAGUGAAACUCGUUUUAAAACAAAAUCGCUACUUUGUUGAAAGUAGCCACCCAGAAGUGCUUCAGAAGCUUUUGAAGGAUCCUGUCAUUCAGAAUUGCCGCUUAAAGAGAAGCGAAGAUGACGUUGAGCUCUUUUCAGAGGGUGCGGUCAAACAAACGGCGGCACCAGGUUCGAAGCUUAGUGAAGCCUCCGAAAAAACGGAAGUGCCUUCGGACAUUUUCGAUUUCUAUUCCCGGAUGGAGAAUGAGGACGAAGAAGAGCCAGAAAGAAAAACGAAAGUAGUGUCAUUCGAAGUGAUGCAAGAUAAAAUCGAAGACAUACAAAGGCGCUGCAUCGAACUCGAGUAUCCACUUUUGGCAGAGUACGACUUCAAGAACGACACACAUAAUCCUGACAUUAACGUAGAUUUAAAACCAUCAGCUCUUCUUAGACCUUACCAGGAGAAGUCGCUUAGAAAGAUGUUUGGUAACGGCCGCGCUCGCUCUGGAGUCAUCGUCUUACCUUGUGGAGCCGGGAAAUCACUUACAGGAGUGACUGCGUGCUGCACAGUAAGGAAACGUUGUUUGGUUCUAUGUAACUCUGGCGUGUCGGUGGAACAAUGGAAGGCACAGUUCAAAAUGUGGUCAACUGCGGAUGACUCAAUGAUUUGCCGCUUUACAUCGGAAGCAAAAGAUAAACCAAUAGGUUGCGGCAUCUGUAUUACGACCUAUUCCAUGAUCACUCAUACACAAAAAAGGAGCUGGGAAGGUGAGCAAGUGAUGCAAUGGUUAAAGGAGCAAGAGUGGGGUAUGAUGUUGCUUGACGAGGUGCAUACUAUUCCUGCCAAAAUGUUUCGCCGAGUGCUCACCCUUGUACAAGCACACUGCAAACUCGGCCUGACAGCUACGUUAGUGCGAGAAGACGACAAAAUUGCCGAUCUCAACUUUUUGAUUGGGCCAAAGAUAUAUGAAGCAAACUGGUUGGAGCUGCAGAAAGCAGGGUAUAUUGCUAAGGUGACCUGUUCCGAAGUUUGGUGCCCAAUGACUCCGGAGUUCUAUCGCGAGUACCUAUCGGCACGAUCGGCAAAAAAGUGUUUGUUGUUUGUCAUGAAUCCAAACAAAUUUCAAAUCUGUCAGUAUCUUAUUCAGUACCAUGAGCGAAGAAAGGAUAAGAUAAUUGUCUUUUCGGAUAACGUGUUUGCUUUAAAACACUUUGCCGAGAAGCUAAGAAAGCCUUUUAUUUUUGGACCAACAUCACAGGCAGAACGUAUGCAAAUAUUACAGAACUUCAAGUACAACCCAUUAGUAAACACCAUUUUCGUAUCGAAAGUUGCGGACACUAGCUUUGAUCUUCCGGAGGCAAAUGUCCUCAUUCAGAUUUCGGCCCACGGUGGCUCACGAAGGCAAGAGGCCCAACGCCUGGGGCGAAUCCUACGUGCAAAAAAGGGGACUUCUAAUGCUUUCUUCUAUUCACUGGUAUCUCAAGAUACUAUGGAAAUGUAUUUCUCACGCCGUAGACAACGGUUCUUGGUCAAUCAAGGUUACAGCUAUAAGGUGAUUACGGAAUUAGAAGGCCUUCACGAAGAAGAGGGAAUUCUUUACAGGAACAAACAAGAUCAACUCCGAUUACUUGCACAGGUCAUGCAAGCAGGAGACCAAGAUGAGGACGAAGGUAUUCCCACCGAAUCACCAUUCCAAAUGAAAACUCAAAAGAAGGCCGGCGGCGCGGCCGGUUUAUCUGGAGCAGACGCGGGCGAUAUGUACGCCGAAGUACGCAGAUCCAAGAAUGAUAUGAACAGACAUCCACUUUUCAAACGCUUCAAGGGCAUCGGAAAAUAGUUGUUUCCUUGAAUGCCUUAAUGAUAGUAGACUAUUUAAUGUUUUAUUUUUCUGCAUAUAUACCGUCAUUAGAGGGCAAUGAGAAAACGAGUUGCUCGAGACGACAAUGGCAUCGACUUCGAUCUAUUUUCGCCAAUGCAGAG